AGAAAUAUAAAAUAUAAUUCCUAACCUCACAAGAAUUUCAAUAACAAGCAAAGUUUACAUGAAGUUUACUGAGUUAGAAAAUUUUCUAUACAAUGAAGAACAUUUGUCGUUUAUGUACUUAUCAGUGCCGAAAUUUUAGUUUAUCCAAUUUCCAUUGCAAGAAAGUUCAACCCUCUAACAAAACGAAGAAGAGUAGCUCUCAUGAAUGGCUUUCCAGACAACUAUCGGAUCCUUUUGUCGAACAAGCAAAGAAAUUCAAUUAUAGAUGUAGAAGUGCAUUUAAACUUAUAGAAAUAGAUGAUAAAUUUAAGAUUUUGCAGCCGGGAUUCUCUGUAAUUGAUUGUGGAGCUGCACCAGGCUCUUGGACCCAAGUUGCUGUUAAAAGAGUUAAUGCAGACUUUUCUAACAAAUUGACGCCUCAAGGAACAGUGGUGGCUAUAGAUCAGCAACUGAUUUAUCCUAUCGAGGGAGCUACAAUAUUUGGAAAUCAAGACUUUACUGAUCCAAAGGUACAAGAAAAACUGCUGGAAUUUUUGGGAGACCGAAAAGCGAAUGCAGUAAUAUCUGAUAUGGCUCCAAGCGCAACUGGGAUUAAAAGCUUGGAUGAUGAAAAUAUCGUAAAACUGAGUUACGCGGCGGUGAAGUUCGCUCUAAUUGUAUCAAAUGUUGGAGCUUCCGUAUUAGUGAAAUUAUGGCAAUGUAAAGAAGGAAAUUCACUUAAAGAGGACAUUGAGAAAUUUUACAGCAAAGUAAAAUUUAUUAAACCGUUGUCGAGUCGCUCGGAUUCCGCCGAAAUUUUUAUUUUAGGACAGGACUUUAAAGGACUGAAAUCCAGUUGAUUUAAUUAAUGAUAGUUGUAAAUUAUUGUGAUUGAUAGAUAAUAUACAUAUACUUUUUAA